UCCCCCCGGGCCGGCCCCGCUCUGCGCCGCGUCCUGACGAUGGCCAGCACCGCCGGCCGGAGCCGCGGGACCCUCGCCCGCAAGGUGGCCCUGGUCACCGCCUCCACCGAGGGGAUCGGCUUUGCGAUCGCCCGCCGCCUAGGCCAGGACGGAGCCCACGUGGUCCUGAGCAGCCGAAAACAAGCCAAUGUGGACCGGGCCGUGGCAGAGCUGCAGAAGGAGAACCUGAGCGUCUCAGGGUUGGUGUGCCACGUGGGGAAGGCUGAAGACCGGCAGCACCUGAUCGAUGCGGCUCUCGAGCGCCACGGGGGCAUCGAUAUCCUGGUGUCCAACGCGGCCGUAAAUCCAUUUUUCGGCAGCACCCUCGACGCCACCGAAGACGUGUGGGACAAGAUCCUGGAUAUCAAUGUCAAGGCCACGGCUCUGCUGGUCAAGCUUGUUGUGCCUCACAUGGAGAAGAGAGGGGGUGGCUCCAUCGUCAUCGUCUCCUCGAUCGCUGCAUAUUCUCCAUUCCCGGGCUUGGGACCCUAUAAUGUCAGCAAGACAGCUCUCCUGGGCCUCACUCGCACCCUGGCACCCGAACUGGCUCCCAGGAACAUCCGCAUCAAUGCUCUGGCUCCCGGGCUGAUCCGGACCAAGUUCAGCUCAGCUCUUUGGCAGGACGAAGCCAUGGAAAAGAAGCUGAUGGAGACCAUGCGGAUACAGAGGCUUGGAGUCCCGUCGGACUGUUCCGGCAUGGUUUCCUUCCUUUGUUCCCCAGAUGCUGACUACAUCACAGGGGAGACCAUGGUGGUGGGCGGAGGUGCCCCGUCCCGUCUCUGAUGGGGCUCUGUCCCGUCUUCCCAACU